UUGUCACCCCCAUGUUCCUUUCUACAUCUAAGAUCCAUACCAUCAUAGCCAGACUAACACACACACACACACAUACAUCUAUCAAUUAACUCUGUGACUUUGGCCUAACUUUACACAUUAAAAAAGGGUUUCUGACAUGUCCUUCCUCCCACCUGAACCCAUGUUUUUUGGCUAUGAAGAUGACCACCACCCUCCUCAUGAUUUCCAAGGUGUUCAGACACUCUUGAUGAGGAGAUCCAUGUCAUAUUCUGGGAUGGAUAGGUGCGAAGAAACUCGCGGUGCUGCGGCCGAAGAUGAUAUGUCGGAAGACGAUGGAUCGCAGCUUGGAGAGAAGAAAAGAAGGCUUAAUCUGGAACAAGUGAAAGCUCUUGAAAAGAGUUUUGAGUUGGGAAACAAGCUAGAGCCUGAGAGAAAAACUCAACUGGCUCGGGCUCUCGGGUUGCAGCCGAGGCAAGUAGCCAUAUGGUUCCAGAACCGAAGAGCGCGAUGGAAGACCAAACAACUGGAGAAAGAUUAUGAUGUCUUGAGGAGACAGUUUGAGUCAGUUAAGGCUGAUAAUGAUGCUCUUAAGAACCUGAACAAGAAGCUCCAUGCAGAGUUAUUGGCUGCAAAAGGUGGAGAAGCAAAUGGCGUUAGACCCAUAAAUCUAAACAAAGAAACAGAAGGUUCAUGGAGUAAUGGAAGUGAAAACAGUUGUGAUCUCAACACAGUGACAUGCAACAUGACACAAUCAGAAGAGAGCCCAAUAUUUUACACUCAAAUUUCAAACAACAUCUACCCUACCAUGUCAUCUAUGGGCCCGAAUUCGGGUCUAACACAACUCCUACAAAACCCGUUGACAACAGAUCUCCUCGGUCAGCGACUAAAUCAAACGGUUGGUAAUGAAGGCCUCUGCAACAUGUUUAACGGUAUCGAAGAUCAACCCGCUUAUUGGCCGUGGCCGGAGCAGAAUCCUCAACAACUUCAUUGAAGUUGUUUUUCCAAAAAAAAAAAAAAAAAAUCUUUUUUUUCUUCGGUUAAAAUUUGAUACAAGCAUCCAUUUUGCAAUUUAAUUGGUGUAUAGAAUUUGAUUAUAUGCAUUUUGUUUUAAUUAAGAGGUGAAAAUUAAAAUUAAAA